AUGGCAACCAAAGGCAGCGCUCCGGUGCAGGAGUUUGCUCCUGUGCUGGCGGCGCUGGCGACGAUGCAAGGAAACGCAUCGCGUCAGGAAAAGAACCACGCCCACGAGUUCCUGGAGCACUUUCAGAAAUCAGCGGAAGCCUGGACCACAACGCAUGCGAUCCUCCAGUCCCCAGACUUGCCGAUUGAGUCGAAGUUGUUUGCCGCCACGACGUUAAAGGGAAAGAUCAUAUACGACCUCCACCAAUUACCUGAAUCGUCCCUACCAGCCCUGAGGAGCUCUAUUCUCACGCUCUUGACGUCGUUCAAGUCGGGCCCGCGGCCCAUACAGACACAGCUAUGCGUUUGCCUGGCCAGCCUGGCGGUGCAGAUGAUAACCUGGAAAGACGUGCUUCCCACGGUUGGGUCAGCCCUGGGCAACGAUGCUGGAGAUUGUGUUCUGGAGUUUCUCAAAAUUCUUCCCGAGGAGGUUACGGAAGGACGAAAAAUCAACCUGACUGAAGAGGACCUAUCGUCUAGAACGAAGGAGUUGUUGGAAGAUAAUGCGGAACAAGUGUUGACCCUUCUUACCCAAUACUCACAAUCAUCGCCCGCCGCUGCCACCAACCCACACCUGCUGGAAUGCAUUACUUCCUGGAUGCGUGAAAUACCUGCCUCGCGCGUUGUCGCCUCGCCUUUAUUAGGGGUGAUUACAAAAGCACUUUCGGAAACAAGAUCCUUCGAUUCAGCUGUGGAAUGUAUGUGCGCCAUAUACAGGGACACCCUUGAAGUUGACGAUUCGAUGCCUGUCAUCCAGGCGGUUUACCCUCACUUGAUAGCGUUAAGGCCUAUGAUUCGCCAAGCAGCAGAGGACGAGGACGUCGAAAUGCUGCGAGGUAUCACCAGGUUAUUUGCAGAGGCCGCAGAAGCCUGGGUGGUUCUCAUUGCCCGUCUGCCAAACGAAUUCCGCAGCUUGGUUGAGGCGGUGCUGGAAUGCUGCGCGGUCGACAAAGAACGAGAUGCUAUUUCCAUUACGUUUGUUUUCUGGUACGAACUGAAGCAAUACUUAACUCUGGAUAGAUAUGCGAGCGCCAAAACGGCCCUCUCCGACGUGUACUCGAAGUUAGUGGACAUCAUGGUUAAACACCUGGAGUUUCCGGUCCCGGACAGCGACAGUGGAGAUUUGUUUGAUGGAGAUCGAGAGCAAGAAGAAAAAUUCAGAGAGUUCCGCCACGCGAUGGGCGAUGUGCUGAAAGACUGCUGUGCUGUCAUUGGGGCUUCGGAGUGUCUAGGGAAGUCGUAUAGUCUGAUACAGGCCUGGGUCGCGAAAUACGCAACGCAAGCCAGCCACAAUCACGUACCUCAUUGGCAGGAACUGGAGGCUCCGCUGUUCAGCAUGAGGGCCAUGGGAGGCAUGGUGGACCCUGAAGAAAGCUCCGUCCUCCCACAGAUUAUUCCCCUUAUUGUUCAGAUACCAGAUCAAGAAAAGGUCCGCUUCCAGGCUAUCAUGGCUCUUGGAAGAUAUACGGAGUGGACAGCGCAGCACCCCGAGACGCUGGAGGCGCAGCUCAACUAUGUUAUCUCUGGCUUCCAGCAUAAGUCGUUGGAGGUGGUACAGGCCGCUGCGCUGGCUUUCAAGUUCCUAGGAACCGAUUGCCAGAAGCUAUUGGGGGGGCAUAUCCCUCAGCUCCAUACGUUCUAUGAGUCGGUGAUUGACAAUUUGAAACCUUCGAGUCAGGAAGAGGUCACGGAGGGCGUGGCGGCAGUUGUUGCGGUCCAGCCGGUUGAGAAGAUAUACGAAACGCUGAAAUUGUUCUGCGAUCCGCUCAUGAGGAGAAUCAUGAACCUAGCUAAUAACGCAAAAGAUGAGGAUGGCCAGAAAGCAGUCGCUGACCACCUUCAGCUUAUCACGAUAUUCAUCCAAAACGUCUCCCCCUAUGUCAGCCCCAAUACACCGAACCCCGGGGUGCGAUACUGCGAAGAAAUUCUGCCGGUGCUAAGCACGAUCGUCAUGAACUUCACAGGAUCCACACCCAUCCUGGAACGGGUCUGCCGGUGCUGGCGAUACAUGAUUAUAUCGUACCGCAACGCCAUGAUCCCACUGCUCCCCAAUUUAGCGCAGAGUAUCUCGGCUGGAUUCCAGGCGUCCAGAGAAGGAUGCUUCCUGUGGGCCACGGAUGCAGUGGUUCGCGAAUUCUCAGCUGGAGCGGAGUACGUGGACCAGCAGACCAGCGACGCAGUGUUCCAGUUCUUCGAGCAGCAAGUCGUACAGUUCCUCCGCAUUCUGAAUGACCUGCCGCCGAAUCAUCUGCCCGACAUGAUCGAGGACUUCUUCCGGCUUCUAACAGACGCAGUGCGGUUCUUCCCCAAAAGCACACUAACGUCAGAGCUCGCGCAGCCGAUCUUCUCGGCGGCGCUCAGCGCACUCACGCUCGAGCAGCGCGACCCGCUGACGGCGACGCUGCACUACGUGCGCGACGUGCUGAGCUUCGGGUUCGAGCAGGCGGCGGUGUCAGAGUUCACGGGGCCGAACGGCGAGCGGCCCAGCACGGCGCCGGAGGUGCGGGCGGCGGUCACGCAGCUGAUGCAGACGCAGGGCGCGCCGCUGGUGCAGCGGGUCAUGACGGGCAUGAUGUUCUCGUUCCCCGCGGAGUGUUUCCCGGACGCGUCGGGCGUGCUGAUGGCGCUGUUCGAGCUGCUGCCGGCGCAGACGGCGAACGCGGUGGGUGCGACGGUGCAGCUGCUGCCGGCGGGCACGCUCAAGGCGGCCGAGGGCGAGCGGCUGCUGAAGAGCCUGACGGAGCGUGUGCGGGCGGGCGACCAUCGCCGGAUCCGUGCGCUGCUGCAGGACUUUACGAAUUCGUACCGCCGACGGAAUGUGGCGCCGCGGGAAGGACUGGGGAAGCUGGAGGCAGCGCGAUUCCGGUUUACGGGGUGA